ACUCAAAACAUUUUUAAAUUUAUCAAAUUCCCACACCCCUUCAAGUAAAUUUCCAAACAAAAUAGUAGUAUAAAACUUGGCGUACCAGCCCACUAAAGACCGCAUCACUUGGCAGACGGGGAAAUGGGAGGAAUAUCCUUGAGAAAACAGGCUUUUCCUCGUCAUCUUUACACCUCUAAAGAGGGAUAAAUAUCAUGUGAAUGGAUUUGUUUAUUGAUUUUUCAGAAUACUUUUUUGGUAUAUUUUUUGCCGAAUUUUAAAUAUGUUUUUGCAGAUUCCACCAAUGAAAAGCUUGAUUUUUAUAUUUUCCCUGACAUUUACAUUUUCCCGAAUUUCUGCGGAUUUUACACCACAUUUCCGCAAAUUCCUUCAUGAUAGCUAUGGAAUUGCUAUAACCGGACAGCUGGAGCGUACCGAUUUGGGGAUGGAUGCGAGUUUCGGUGGAAAGGAGAACCCAACAGAGGUGCCACAGAAUCCUGUGAUCAUUGUGCACGGGAUCACUAAUAAGGCGUCGAGGUUUGGGGGCACCGUGGCCUACCUGAAAUCCAAAGGCUAUAAAAACUCGGAGAUCUAUGGCACAACUUGGGGAGACAGUGGGAGGACACCCGUUGGCCUUGUGGAUAUGAAAUGCAACUAUGUUAAGCAGAUACGGUAGGCAUGAAAGAAAAAGUUAUGAUUUUGUCUGAAAAUUUAUGUCAAUCGACGUAAAAUUCUAUUAUUUACAACAAUGUCUUCUGGAGCAGGGCUUUAGGUGCAAUAUGAACAAAGUUAUGGUACUUUGGAAUUUUGUGAGUCGCUACUCUGCCAAUUUAAUGACUCCGUAUCAAUAAAUAUUCAUUGUCAAUCUACGCACAAUUUUAUAAACUACAACUUUGGCUCUUUAAGCAAAAUUCUAGGAGCAAAAUAAACAAAGUUAUCGUUUUUUUUUUUAAUUUUCUUGAGUCGCUACUCAGCCAGUUUAAUGGUUACGUAUCACAAAAAAACUGAGUAGCGACUCAGACGAACUUCAAACUGCCAUAACUUUGUUACUUUUUGUUAUACACUUGUAGUAAAAACAGAGUUGUAGGUCAUAAAAUUCUUCUUCGAUUCGAGCAUGAUUUAGCGCGAUACGGAGCCAUUGGUUUUGCUCCUUAGCGAAUCAAUACAUGUAUUACCAAAAUUUCAGAGCAAUGAUAAUUGCAGUCCGACAGUACACUGGGCAGAAAGUUGACGUCAUCGGCUACUCAAUGGGCUCCCCGUUAGCUAGAAAAGCAAUUCUUGGAGGACAAUGUGUGGAUACCCGGGAGAUUUUGGGUGCUCCGCUGACUGAGCUCGUGGACACCUUCCUGUCAGUUGCUGGUGCAAAUUAUGGUAGUGUCCUGUGCAUUCUGCCGGUGCCUGUUGGAACAUGUAAUAAAAAAAACGGACUGCACUGUGACUCGGAAUUCCUUCAAGAUAUCAAUAACCAGCAUCGCUACGAGGGAUCCCAUGUCUUCAGUAUAUUCUCAACUGCAGAUGAAAAAAUAGGAUUCAGAUCCUGUGGAAGACCAGUGUCCCCGAUUAGAGGAGGUACUGGAUUUGUGAAGCGUGAUGGGCUUAACCAUGACCAGUUGAUGGAUACUACGCAUCCAUUGCAAAGGAAUUUUAUAUUGUAUCACUCGCCUAAGGCUCCAAAGAGUCAUAGGAAUGUUAACUAAUUUUUAGAGGAGAUUUUAUAAAUGUAACUAUUUAUUUUGAAUUUGUAAAUUAUUUUUUAUGGCUUUCUUUUGUUUGAAUAAAAUUAAAUGCUAAAAUU